AUGCGCUCCUCUACCUUCGUCAGUCUUUUUCUCUUCGCGGCUGCCAAUGCCGCGCCGUUCGUUCUCAAUGGCCGUACUGUCAACAGCACCAAGUGGACGCCCGACCACGUCCUGAAGCCCUACGAAGUCAUCCUGUACGGCGAGGACCGCAUGGAGGUUGUUCACGAGGAUGUUUACCACGAGAUGGUCAAGUCCAUGGGAGUCAUGUCUCACGCCCCGGAUCAUGACGACCAUGACUUCCACAACCUGCCCUGGAACGGCACCGUUUCCACCAACUCCACCAAGCCCGGCAAGAUCGAUGCCCGCGGCUGCGAAACCACCUACUCCAUCGUCGCCGACAAGACCUUCGACUUCAUCGACUGGGACGUGCAGAUGUCCCCCGUCGUCACCGCCGGCAUCACCUCCAUGGACAUCAACGUCAUGAAGGGCUACACCGUCACCAAUAGCGUCCAGGUCAGCGCCGGUCUCGACAUCACCUGGAUCAAGGACAAGCUCAAGAACACCGUCGGCAUCAACUACAGCCGCCAGUGGGCCACCCAGACGACCGUCAACAUCAAGGGAACCGUCAGCCCGGGCUACAGCGGUUGCAUGAUCACCAAGCCCUACAAGACCCGCCGCACCGGUCGUGCUUUCACCGGCUGCCCCGGAUCGAUCAAGGAGACCGGCACCUGGCAGGCGGACAGCUUCAAGGAGGGCUCCUACGACGGCAUCUCGUGGGUCUCUGGUAGCAUCACCAUCUGCCAGAAGCAGGGCUCCAUUCCCCUGUCUCGCUGCUCCGGAUCUGGCAACUUCAUCUGA